AUCAAGGCGCACGCACUAUCGACGCUACGCCUGUGAGCUGCACACAUCCCUCCAUGCGGCUCUGGCUCGAACUUUGCGAGCAUCGCAGCAACCAUGUCGGGCGAUACAGAAGCCCGCCCUAACGAUGCCCGCCCGAACUUUGUUUCACCGCGCACGCUGCUUGAGCAGGCGCGCCCGAUCCUGCCGCCGCGCACAUUCACCGCGCUCGACCGCGAGCAGCUGGACGGCCUGCGCACGAUCCGCGCCUUCCUCAAGGCCAGGACCAGCUAUGACGUGCUUCCUAUCAGCUACCGCCUCAUAAUCCUCGACACCGCCCUGCGCGUGCAGAAGAGCUUGAACAUCCUCACCCAGAAUGGCAUUGUAUCAGCACCGCUAUGGGACUCCAAGUCUUCCACCUUUGCCGGUCUCCUGACCACCGCCGACUACAUCAACGUCAUCCAGUACUACUGGCAGAACCCUGAUGCCCUGCAAAAGGUCGAUAAGUUCCGCCUGAGCAGCCUGCGAGAAAUCGAGAAGGCCCUCGGCGUCAAGCCCAUCGAAACAAUAUCCUGCCACCCCGACAAGCCCGUCUACGAGGCAUGUCGCAAGAUGCUCGAGUCACGGGCGCGCCGUAUUCCCGUGGUUGACUUCGACGAUGAGACCAAGCGCACUAUGGUCGUUUCCGUCAUCACACAGUACCGCAUCCUGAAGUUCAUUGCCGUUAACGUGAAAGAGACGCAAAAACUGCGCAAACCGCUGAGGGAGAUGAACGUUGGCACAUACAAGGAUAUUGCGACUUGUUAUAUGGAUACUCCGGUCAUGGACGUCAUUCACAUGCUGGUCAAGAAGAACAUCAGCAGUGUGCCGAUUGUGGAUAAGCAGAACACCGUGCUCAACGUCUUCGAGUCAGUCGAUGUGAUCGCGCUGAUCAAGGGCGGCUCGUACGACGACCUGAAUCUUACAGUCGGCGAUGCCCUGUUGAAGCGCUCAGCUGACUUCCCGGGCAUCUUCACUUGUUCGGUCCAGGACAGCAUGUCAACAAUCUACGACACAAUACGCAAAUCACGAGUCCAUCGUUUCAUCGUCAUUGACGAGGACUACAAGCUCAGAGGUGUACUGACACUCAGCGACGUGCUUGAGUUCACAUUGUUAGAAGGCGUGGACGACGAGUAGUACGGCGACGUUCCUGGACCUGAAAACGCACUCAUUCAGCGUGUGAAACUUUAUUGGGAUGGAAAGAUCACUGACUGAUCGUCUGAGUGAAGAAGUAGUAGCGGCGCGUGUAUGCUAGAGACGCUAAGCAUACGCAUCACAGGCAUGAUAAGGCGCAUUGGAUUGGGAAGGUGGGAAUUACUCAUAUAUCCAGCGGAGGCGCGGUUGUUUCUUUUCUGGGGUCUCGGCACAUAAAUGCAAACUAUCUGUUAUCACACUUGGCUCUGAUGCGUUGAGACCUCCGGGGAAAGGUUUGGUGUCGUGGUUGCAAGCCAUAUUUAAGAUCACACAGGCACCUAAGGCCCAGGGAGGGGCAUCAGACGAACGUCAACGUGGUCACAUCCAACCUGACACACUCAACCGAAUACUACGGCGAGUCGAGACGCUACAGCCGACGAGAACGAUGAAGCACAUGCGAAUACACUCCGAGCCAUGGCGAAAGCAGC